AUGGCGGAGACAGAUGUCAGAGUCGCUAUAGAGGGCUGCGGACACGGGACGCUUCAUGCAAUCUAUGCUUCGAUACAAGAAGCUUGCCGUGUGAAAGGGUGGGAUGGUGUUGAUUUACUCAUCAUAGGUGGAGACUUCCAAGCUGUCAGAAAUCAGCAUGAUCUGAAUGUCACCUCGAUGCCUCAAAAAUACCGCAAGAUGGCCGACUUUCACGAGUAUUAUAGUGGAGCUAGAACCGCACCAUACUUGACUAUCUUCAUUGGCGGCAAUCACGAAGCAAGCAAUCAUCUGUUCGAGCUCUACUAUGGAGGAUGGGUGGCCCCCAACAUUUACUAUCUUGGAGCUGCCAAUGUUAUUCGCCUGGGUCCAUUGCGUAUUGCCGGCCUCACCGGAAUUUGGAAAGGAUACGACUACCGCAAGCCUCACUUCGAAAGACUUCCUUACAAUCGAGAGGAGACUGGAAGCAUAUACCAUGUGCGAGAAAUUGACGUCAGAAAGCUGUUGGCUCUUCGAUCCCAGGUCGAUAUAGGCCUAUCGCAUGACUGGCCCCAAGGCAUUGAGAUGCACGGUGAUUACCAGUGGCUUUUCAGAAAUAAGAAGGGCUUCGGUGAAGACUCGAGAAAUGGCAGACUGGGCAGCGUUGCAGCCAGACAGUGCUUGGACCGGUUGCGACCACCACAUUGGUUCUCGGCGCAUCUUCACACUAAAUUCGCGGCUAUCCUCAAUCAUGAAGAAGACUCGAUUAGCAGGGUGACAGACACUAACGGAAGUGCCCAUCGAGGACCUCUCGCGCAGGAUCGUACGCAGGUGUCCGCCUGGCAAGGCUUUCAUGCUGCCGCCGAGACCGCUGCCGCCAAGGAGAAGGAAGAUCUUCUGCAACAGAUCGACAACCGAAAACUCUCAAUGGAGAAGCACAGCGCUGCUAGUGCUCCUCAGUACACUUUUGAGGAGACGUUCAAUGAAGUCGCCGAGGACGGCCUCGAUCGCAAGAUUAUCUCGACUACACACCAUCAACACAGCCCCGACCUUGAUGAAACGAGCAGGCCAAUCUUCAAUCUUGACGGAUGUGGAUUUUCAAGGCCGACCAAGCGCCAAAGACUUGAAAACGCUUCCGACGAAGAGAUUAUGCAUCCACAAGGCUCUACUUCUACAAGCAUACAAACUCCAGGUGACCAAGAUAGCAGAAGCAGAGACACCACAAUGGGCAAUUCGAGUACUGUCAUCGGCAACCCUGACGCUAUCGACAUCGACAUGAGCGACGAUGAUGAGUCCGUAGCUGGCGGCGUGAGGCUAAAUCAGCAAGCAUCCUUCACAUCAAGCGCGAGACAGGAUAACGAUGCACUUCAAGCCCCUACUGACCCACCAACUACCGCUAAAGACCCACAACAAGCAGCCUCUUAUGCAGUGGACGAGAAACCCGUGUCACCUUCGGCCCCUACAACUUCUGAUAGUGUUCAUACAAUAUCCACACAAUCAGCGACAGUGGUGCCGUCAGAAAAUGAGGUGUCGGAGGAGAUGCGAGCUCAGCUUGCCGCGCUAUCUAGCAACUUCACACAAGAAGAAAAGGUCGAAGUUUCUCCACGACUGCCAUUCCCAGAAGACAUCUUCAACAAAAAGACCGAGUUCCUUGCCUUGGGCAAAUGUGAACCGUUCCAGGAAUUUCUCCAGCUCAUGGAGAUCAAGUCCACGACCGCGCCUGGCGAAGCUAUCACAAGACCCCUGAAAUUGUCCUACGACCCGGAAUGGCUCGCAAUCCUGCGCGUUUUUGCUCCAGAGCUCCAGCUCGGCGUUAACCCAAGUGACAGGGUGCCUGUUCACCGUGGAGAUACGUACUAUCGUGACAGGAUCGUCGAAGAAGCAAAGUGGAUCCAAAAGCAGGUUGUCGACGCAGGCAAGUUGGAGGUCCCUGAGAACUUCAGUAUUACCGCACCGGUCUACGACCCAGGUCUCGAAGUCGGGCCCAAUGAAAUGCCCCGCGAAUUGACAAAUCCUCAAACCAGUUCGUUCUGUCAGCUGAUUGGCAUUGAGAACAAAUUCGACAUAAGUGAAGAAGAGAGAGAGUUCAGAAUGCAACAAGGUCCCAGGGCCGAGAGCGCACAAUCCGUUGCGUAUCACGGUCGAGGUCGCGGCGGCGGCGGGGGUCGCGGUCGUGGCGGCUCGCGCGGUGGCGGCGGCGCCGGUGGUCGGGGACGUGGUGGCUUCCGCGGCGGUAGAGGAAGAGGCCGGGGCGGUUGGUAA